CUUAAGUGUUAAGUUUAGCUCCAGUGUGAAAAAUCUAUUUUUGUCUGCUAUAAUUUCUAAAGGAUUAAAUUAUUAAAUUUUUAUUUGUGCUAAAAAGGAACCGCUUUUAAAAUGAAGUUCAGUGCAACAUUGAUAUUAAUCGUGGUGAUCGUUGGAUUAGCGGGAACCGGCUCAGCUCUGCCAGCUAAAAAAAGAAUGGUUUAUUAUCAACAACCCGCACAAUGGUACUCCGGACCACAACGUAUGAUGUAUGUGCAAUAUGUACAGCCAUCCCGUACUCAUGCUCGUUCUACACAGGCUGCCGCUGCCUUAGUUGCCGGAGAAAGUGUUGCCACUAGCACUUACUUAGAGGAUUGUAAUCAUGCAGAUGGUGCUGUUGCCGCCGCAGGCCCAACUGUUGAUAUCGUUGCCGAAGAAGAACGUAACGAAGAUGUCUUAGGUGCUGCUGGUGCUCAUGUAGCUCAUUCCAUUGCUGAAGCAUAUCCUGAGGAAAGUUUACCACAAACACCAGUUGCUGAUGAUGUUGCCGAUGUAGCUACUCCAGCCGUAGAAGAACCUGCUCCAGUCGCUGCUGAUGAAGAGGGAGUCAUUGCAAGCAAUGAUGAGGCUAAAGUACCACGUGACUAUAACUUUGAUGCCGCUGCAGUUGCCGAAACUGAACCUGAAGUUCCUGAAGUGCCUGUUGUGCCAGUAGUUGAAGUUGCUGCCGAUUUGCCCGCUCCUGCACCAAUUGCCCCCGUUGCCACCCCAGCUAGACGUUACUUGCCUUCGAAAAAGAAGGUCUACGUAGAACUUGAUCAAUCUGCUGAAGGCGAGGAAGUUGCUGAAGAUGAAGCUGAAAAUGCUGUUGCUGUGGCUCAAGUCGAAGAGGAUGAAGAAGAUGAUGAAACCGAUGUUGCACCCGUACCUGUAGUACCCAAACACCCAGCUCGCAUUCCCAAUGCACGCCGCCCAGUCGCUAAGAAACCAGUUAAACCAGUUAAGGCCGCACAGGGAUCCAAACCAGCAAAACCAUUGCCAGCAGGUACUUUCUUCCCAAUUGAUUUCGGUGGCACCAACGGUGGUGCAAUUGCUAUUGCUAACUCCUUCAGCACAGGUGAAGGUGGUUCAGCCACAAGUCAUGCUAUCGCAUACGGUUCCCCUGAAGCCGCACGUGCCCGUGUCCGCCCAAGCAAAUUACAUUAAUUUUAAAAUGACUGAUGCCUAUAGCAAUUACUUUUAAUCUCCGAAACACAAUUUAGUACUGCAAAACCUUGAAAAUUUCCGUUGCUGCUAAGAAACUUUUUUUUUAAUUAUUAAUUUUAGACAAUUACGAACUUUAUCCGACUUUUUACCAAAAUUUUUUA